CCAUGGUUUCACGGUGCUUCCAGGGUAUUCAGCAGUUGUGAGUGUGGUAAUAAGGUUUAAGUGCCACAUAUGUUUUGAACAGUUGCUUGGUUCUGCAGCAGCUGCGAUUUAAACUAAGCCUCCCUUGAAUCUCUGGAGUUCAAAAAAUAGCUUGGUAGCUUAGCUAGUACAACAAGAUGUGAUCCUACAGUUAGUCCUCCCUGGCUGCUGCCUUUUGCUUAUCUAGGCUCCCAUGAAAGUCAGCAGCGGGCGCAGAGAUCCGCCUCUGCGGAAUAUUUCACAGAUGCAAUCCAUGGAACAAUUUACAAAAUUGCUUUACAACUACCCUUCCAUGAGGAGGAAAAUAUGAGCAAACCUUGCAGGACUGCCACAGCAGGAGGACUAAGGUGCACUGUGAAAGUGAGGUUUCAGAGUAGAUGUUUGACAGCUGUUUUUAUCUGCCUGUGGAAAGUUAAGAGAGUAUGUUUUAAUGAUGAUAAAAAAUGACGCUGUGUAAUGUAGCAUGUGUUGAUUUCAUUGUGCUUCCCUCUGUGAUAAGAGUGCAGGGAUGUGUGCUGGUUUUUUUCCUGUCCUUCAUCCCCUGCUUUAUACUGUCUGGCUAAGCAAUAUUUUCUUUUCUGUAUCUCUUUCCAUUGUAUUAAAAUUUUGAGGAAGGCUUCUUAAAUGCCAGCCCUGAAAUAUAUAGCUACAGUGCGUUGUUUCUUCCCUUACAAGAAAGAAAAAUCAUGAUGUUUGUCAUCUUGGCUGGAAAAUUAGGUUAAAGCAGGAGUGUUGUCUACCGUAAAUUCAGUGCUCCAUCAGAGUUAAAUAGAAUACAUGGAGAAGAUGCAUUUGUAACGAAAAAAGAUGCUGAUAGCCUCACUGUUCUGCAAUCAGUACAAUAAGCAAGGUCCUGGUACACAAGGGAAGAUCCUUCAGGAGCCUGAAAUAGCCCAGUCAGUAAAGCAUUGAUCUCUCAGUUUGAACGUACAGGAUUUGAAUGCCUGAUCAGGUACAGGCUGUGGUGUUCAUUACUUGAAAGAGCAACUCAAUGUAUACUAAUAAAUUUCAGUUCAUAAUUCCUAGGAGAAAUGCUAAGGCAUCUAACAAAUCACCUGGCACUCUAAAAACAAGUGUUAAUGCUAAGUGACUUGUAUUAAAUAUCUGAUGUUCCAGCUCUUCUACAAAACUUCCAGGGAAUACAAAAAUAAAUUGCCUGUGUAGCAAGUGUGAGGGUUUAGCCUUUAAGGAGUUUAAUGUUACAGCUAAAUAGAAAGAGGGAGAGGGAAACUGUGAGCUCAAAUAUUUUAUCUUGUACUCUCAUGUAGAGUAUGGAAAUAGCAUGUUUCUAAGCACUUGAGAUUUGGUGCCUGUUUCUUUGGAAAGCAGUGAUUCUUGCUGGAUAUUUUAGAUGUCUCGACUUGGACACACCCUUUCCCCAAACCAGACGUACCUUUUUUUAUAGUUGGCAAUGGAUGUCAAAUGCUUUUCUCUAAGAAAUUCAUGACCUUUUAUAUUGUCUCUUCUGCUUGAUUGGUAAUAUGUUCUCUUUCCCUUGCCAAAGAUAAAGCCACUAACCCAUCUAACAGGCAAGAAGACUGGGAAUACAUCAUUGGAUUCUGUGACCAGAUCAACAAAGAACUCGAAGGGCCACAGAUAGCUGUGAGACUCCUGGCUCAUAAAAUCCAGUCGCCACAGGAAUGGGAAGCAGUCCAAGCCUUGACAGUAGGUGCUAGAAGCUUGUAUGAAGAAUUGUGGGAGAAGAUUUCAUAAUGAAGUAGGGAAGUUUCGCUUUUUAAACGAGUUAAUAAAAGUUGUGUCUCCAAAGUACCUGGGAGACCGAGUUUCAGAGAAGGUGAAGACCAAAGUCAUUGAAUUGCUGUAUAGCUGGACGGUGGCAUUGCCAGAGGAAUCCAAAAUCAAGGAUGCCUACUACAUGCUGAAGCGACAAGGAAUCGUUAUGUUUGAUCCUGUGAUACCUGCAGACAGAACCCUGAUUCCUUCGCCACCCCCUCGUCCCAAAAACCCUGUGUUUGAUGAUGAGGAGAAAUCCAAGCUUCUAGCCAAACUGCUGAAAAGCAAAAACCCAGAUGAUUUGCAAGAGGCCAACAAGCUUAUAAAAUCCAUGGUAAAAGAGGAUGAGGCUCGGAUUCAAAAAGUGACAAAACGCAUGCACACGCUGGAGGAAGUAAAUAACAAUGUGAAGCUGCUGAAUGAGAUGUUGGUUCAUUACAGCAAAGAGGACUCAUCAGAGGCCGAUAGGGAGCUCAUGAAGGAGCUCUAUGAAAGGUGUGAAACCAAAAGACGGACGUUAUUCAAGCUGGCCAGUGAGACGGAGGAUAAUGACAGCAGUUUGGGGGAUAUUCUGCAGGCCAGUGACAAUUUAUCCCGUGUGAUAAAUUCCUAUAAAAAAAUAAUAGAGGGGCAAGUGAUCAAUGGUGAAGUGGAUCUCCCUGUGAUGUCUGUAGUGGAAGGGAGUAACUCCACAAGUAAUCUCAACACCCUCAUUGACCUUGCUGGACUGGACGUCACCAGCACCCCGCCACCUCCAAUGGCACCCACCACCCUGACGCCAGCCCCCCCAGCAGCCCCAGCAGAAAUCCCCAUCCUCCCGCCUCCUCCCCAGACACUGGCACAGUUGCGGAGCGGUUCCUCCAGCCAAGUGGAAGCCGCACCGGCUCAGCAGAGCAGCGCAGCCAACUCCCUCUCCUUGCUGGAUGAGGAGCUUCUGUGCUUAGGCCUGAAUGACCCAGCACCUGCAGCGGUGAAGGAGACCUCAGAAAACAACCAGUGGAGCAUGUUUGAGAAUGACCAGCUGGACCUGGAUUUCUUUAAUCCGAAGAUGGUGACUGUUGCUUGCAACUCUGCAGGGAACCCUCUUCUCCAUCACACAUCACAGACCACGUGUGGAACAUCAGUGACGCUGCCCUCUGCUUUCACAGCCUCUCAAGCUGCUCCCAGCAUCCCAGCACCAAACUCAGCACCAUUUGUAUUCUCUGCUGGACCGGCUGCCCCUGCGGGGCCUCCUAAGGCUAUUCCAGCUGCUCCUGGGUACUUCGGCUCCUCUGUGGGGAGCAAUAUGUCACAUAAGAUGGACGCAUUGGGACAACUCCUUGAAGAAGCCAAAGGGACUGCCACCCAAGGCAUGGCGACACCUUCAGUGUUCCCUGGGGUUACUCUGCCAACCGCUGGCACCCCUGCCCCGUUAAUAGCACCUGCAGGGCUGCCUGCCGCUGCCUCCGGAGCCCCUCCAAUGCCUUUCCCAAGCAGCUGCCCUGCUGGCUCAGGAAGUCCUCUCUUCCAGCCGACAUCAUUCCAGCAGCAAGGCAGUCCCCUGAAAGCACCUGAAAUUUCUUUGGCCAAUGUCCAUGUUCCCUUGGAGUCCAUUAAACCCAGCAGUGCCCUCCCGGUGACAGCCUAUGACAAGAACGGCUUCCGGAUCCUCUUGCACUUUGCCAGGGAGUGCCCGCCGGGAAGGUCGGAUGUGCUGGUUGUGGUAGUCUCCAUGCUGAACACAGCACCGCUCCCUGUGAAGAACAUCGUGCUGCAGGCUGCUGUGCCAAAGUCCAUGAAAGUGAAGUUACAGCCACCCUCUGGCACAGAGCUGUCUCCAUUCAAUCCCAUCCAGCCGCCUGCUGCCAUCACCCAAGUCAUGCUUCUGGCAAAUCCUGCGAAGGAGAAAGUGAGGCUGAGGUACCGACUGACCUUCACACUGGGAGACCAGCCCAGCACAGAGGUGGGCGAAGUGGAUCAGUUUCCCCCGGUAGAGCAGUGGGGGAAUCUAUGACCUUAGGACACUGCCAGAGACUCUGUGACAGGACCAGGGAAGGAUCCCGCAGGACUGGAAUGGAUGUGACGUGGGGAGGGACACACAUGCUAUCCACUGGUGAUGUUCAGCUUUGUUUACAUGUCCUGACCACUCUGCUUGUAGCUUUAGUCCAGAAUGUUUUUGCCCCGCAUUGAAGGGGUCCUGGAACAUUGAUGCCAAGCAUGAACUGAACGGCAGCCAGUACCAGGCAGCGCUGGCUGCUUUUAUCUCGACCUCUGGGUGAAUCUGGUUCUAUCUUCCACUCUAUUAAACUUGAAGUUAUUGUAAUUUGAGGGGAGACCUGUCAGCAGAAGGGGAUUUAGUUGGCUUGUUCCUGUACCUGCUGUCCAGAGAUACCUACAGGCUGGUGGGGUAAUGAUGCCACCGUGAGCUUCCUCAGUGCAGAGCCCUUACACAUGCCCUCCCUCGGACUUGUACCUCCUCAGUGCCAGACUGGAUCUGCUAAGCAUGUUGAGCAAUAACGCUGGCUCCGUGAGGGAAUGCAGAUUUUUUUUUUUUACACUGAAAUGGCACUUGGCUCCCUCCCUCCCCCUCCGCUGCUCCAUUCCCAGCAGCCGAUGUAAGCAGACCCUGUGUUGUGCGCCGCCGCUGUAGCCUCAGUUGUUAUAUUUAUUUUAUACUGCGAGCUGCCUCCCUGUUGGAUCCCUUUUGGGCAGCUGGGGCUGCGUUUUGUAUGCAGAUGGUUACACCGGUUAUUUUUCUGUCUUCGUGGCAUUCCAUAGUGUGGGGAAAAGAGGAGGUAAAUGGGACCGGAAGGAGCGGUCAGUAUUGGUGGAGGACAGCACUUGGAGUGCAGAAAUGUCUUUACAAUCACUAAUCAGGUGCAGUGACUGAAUCCAGGGACGAGAGAUGCCUUUCGUGUCCCCCCAUGCAGGCAGUAUUAUUAUUGUAGUUGAAUACUGUGUUUUAUUGAGAUUAGUACAAUGACAUACAAGAUGUAAAUAAUAGAGCUAUAGGAUAUCUAAAUAGAAACAGUGAAGGGAAGGAAGGCUCCACUGGGCUGUGACAAUGCAUGUGCUGGGUUUAAUGCCCUGUUUCAUUUGUUCCCUCUAUUAAAGUGGCAAAGUGCAAUUGUCCCCGCAAGGAGGAAGGCGGUUUUGCUGGACAUCAGUGUUCUGCGCUAACGGCGGGCAGCAGACAGACCCCUCUAGCUACAGUCUCACAGCAACUAGGUGUAAAUCACCAAAACUUGAUUCCAGCAGUCCCUUCCACCUCCCUCUGGAUUUCCAAUCUCGAGCAGUGCCUCAGCUAGCUUUGAGACAGGCUGUUUUAAAUGAAUGGUUUUUCUAACGCCCCUUGACAAAAGCACAGAUCAGGCGGGUCCUUGGGCACUAAGCUCAGCACCUCUCGCAGCGCUGCCGAGCAGCAGCUCUCACCUCGAACUCUGAGUGGGAGCAGUCGGCUAAAGCACUGGGAAAAUCAGCACACAGGAGGAGAUCCCUGCCUGUUGUGGGAAAACUCCCGAGCAGAAUGUGCUGCUGGAAGUAACGGCUGCUGUAAACCCCGUUAUUGCAAAUGCAGCUUGGAGUUAUUUGUAGUUGAAUUUUCUUUAUGUUGCAAAGUAAAAAUCACUAGAGGUGGAAAACUCAGCAGAUCCGAAGGCCUGAGGUCCUGAUCAGAGGAGGCACCAGGCAGCUGUAGAAGCCCCUGAAGGUGGAAUCAAAGCUCGGCCAAGGAACUUGCUGUAAAUGCCUGGUCUGAAGCUCAUGAAGACCCCAGCCUUGUCAGCUCCCCGAUGCAGGAGGCAGGUGAGAGGGAUGGGUGCGUUGUUCGGACCCUUACAGGAGUUUUAAAUUGAUGGACUAGGCUAGGGGACGAGGAGAGAUUUCUUUCUGCCUCAGACAUGUUCUUGCCAGCACUUUAGACACAGUAGGCAUGGGGGUCGUGCCUAGGUCAGGGUCGUGUGUCCUGAGGAAGCAGGUUUCACUGCUUUAGAUGCCUACGCGUGAAUCUCACUGUGACUUUGAGGAAGUCAGAAGAGCACAAGUGCUUUCUGCAGAAUGGCUUUGUUCUCAGCGUUAACGGCAGUGCGCUGCCCGUGCUGUACAGCCAAAUGGAAAGAUGCCGUAGUCUUGCUGCGUGGAAAUGGCGUUGUUAAAAGCUUUGGAAAUUAAACUAUGAAUGUUCCUUGUCUGUAGGGUGAGGUUCCUGCUUCAUACCGAACAGCCGUAACUGUAUAUACAUCUCAAAUGCGUUUGUUCUGCUGCAUGUUAAAUAAAUUGUUUUCCCUAC